AAUGUGAAUUUGGUUAUCUCGUCCUUUUUUUUUAUUUAUUCUCUUUUGUGGCUCUUACAUUGAUUUUAUCCAUGCUUUUCUUGUUUCGCUGCUGUUUCCUUCUUCUGCGCUCAUCUUUUUCUUCAUCGAAUAAAAUAUUCUCAGAAGAUCUCUACAAUUUAAUGGGUUGGAGAUGCGUUGGAACUCGGAAUCGUCAAACCCAUUUUUUUGCUUUUUAAUUUUUUGUCAUACCCAAUUUCUGUUGCUAGAUAUUAUGCUGCUGCAAGUUUUUCAAGGCUUGUAGUUUUGACUCGAAUUAGCUUGACUCAAAAUAGAAUGGAAGGAGACACAUUCUCUGGUCUUGGCAAUGGUACCAACAUUGAUACCAAGAUCUUGCAUACAUUUCAGAAGAGCUUUGUUCAAGUCCAGAACAUCUUGGAUCAGAAUAGGUUACUCAUCAAUGAGAUAAACCAGAAUCAUGAGUCCAAGGUUCCUGACAACCUUAGCAGGAAUGUGGGCCUUAUUAGGGAGCUCAACAACAAUAUCAGAAGAGUGGUUGACUUAUAUGCAGAUCUUUCAAGUUCCUUUACCAAAUCCAUGGAAGUUACUUCUGAAGGGGACUCCAAUGGUGCUGUGAAUUCAGAUGGGAAAGGUGUCCACAAGAGACACAGGCCUACAUAGAGUGUGUUGCCUUGUGAUUCUUUUGCUUGUUGAAGUACUACUUCACAAUUGUGUUGAGGGUUAGAACACGAGAUAUGAUUUUGUAGCUGAAAAAGCUCUAUUUUUUGUAUUACAAGACUUUCUCUAGCUGUUCAUCACUUACUCUUCAUAUCUAAAGUGAAAAUUCCUCUCAUUGUAGCCUUGUAAUUUUGGAUCUAACAGAAAUCAAGCAUGUCUGUGCGACUAAUUCAA